AUGCCUUCUGUUGUAUCACCCUCCUUACCUGCGCCCAGGGUGGAUUCACCUGUCCUGAUCUCCCAGCACCUGAAGUGCUCCAUCUGUCAGAACCUACUGAAGAACCCUGUCACCACUACCUGUGGCCACACCUUCUGCUUGACCUGCCUGGAACCUCAUCCGUUGAUCUGCCCGGUCUGCAAGGAACAUCUACAGAUGCAAAUAAAGCCAAGUGUCAAUGUGAUUCUAAAGACUCUUGUGCAGGAGUUGUGCAAAGCCAACUGUCCAAAACCUGGUGAGUUCACAGGAGCUUCGGGAGAAGUGGCGUGUGACGUCUGCAGUGGAAAUCGGAAGCUCAAGGCUGUGAAGUCCUGUCUGGUGUGUCUGAUGUCGUAUUGUAGCUGGCAUGUGGAACAGCACCGGUCCACACAACGACUGAGAGGCCAUCACCUGGUGGCCCCAGUGGAGGACCUGGACCAGAGGGCGUGUCUGACUCACGGUCGACCCCUGGAGCUGUACAGCUGUGAGGAGGGAAAAUGCAUCUGUGCUCUGUGUGUGCAGGAGGGCAGACAGGUUGUUCCCGUAGAAACGGAGAGGAACAGGAGACAGGCUGACUUGGGAAGUACUAAAAGGGAUGUUGAAAAGAUGAUUCAGGAGAGAGAAGACAAAGUAAAGGAAAUUCAGCAUGCAGUGGGACAAUGUCAGGGUAAGAUAGACAGAGAGAAAGAGGAGAUAAAGGGGGUGUUUGAGGGUCUGAUGGCAGCAGUGGAGGAGGCACAGAGGGAGGCACUGCACCCUCUUGAGGACAGGAGGAGGCGUCUGAAGAUGGAGGCUGAGGAGCUGACCAGUGAGCUGAAGAGAGAGAUCAGUGAAUUCAGGAAGGUCAUCGCUGAGUUCGAUCGAAUCACCGAUGCUGAAGACCACGUUCACUUCCUGCAGAGUCACUCAACAGUGCCAAAGUUAGAGCAAAGCAGAGACUUAAUGGAUACUGCUGUCGAUACUGAGUUGUCAUUUAGUUCAAUACAGAGAAAUCUGGCAGCCAUGAAAGCUAAGAUUGAUGCAGAGCUAGAGAAAAUAUCCAGUCUCGAAAUUCGGAGGAUCCAGAUGUUUGCAGUCGAUGUAUCUCUCGACCCAGACACGGCUAAUGCUCAGCUAGUUCUGUCAGAUGAUGGAAAGGAAGUGAGAGAUGGAGGAAUCAAACAAGAUUUCCCAGACAACGAUGAAAGAUACGACUUGUUCGGCUGCGUGCUGGGUCAGAACCAGCUGACCUCUGGCAGAGCUUACUGGGAGGUUGGUGUCUGGGAAAAGACAGGGUGGGAUUUAGGCGUGGCAGCUGAGGAUGCCAACAGGAAGGGCAAGAUCCCCCUAAAACCCAGUCAGGGUUACUGGGCCAUUGUGCAUUGUAAUAAGAAUCUUUACUGUGCACUGGAGGAUCCUCCUGUCCGUCUUCCUGUCCCAGAGAAAGUCCAGAGAGUGGGGGUGUUUGUGGACUAUGAGGAGGGUCUGGUGUCCUUCUAUAAUGUGGAGGCCAGAUCACAUAUUUACACCUUCACUGACUGCAACUUCAGGGACAUUCUCCGCCCAUAUUUCAGCCCCCAUUUUUGUCAAAAUGGGAGAAACUCAAGUCCACUGGUCAUCUGUCCUGUCAAUCAAAGCAACUGA